GUUGGUAUGGGUGGUUCGGGAAAGACAACUCUUGUCGGUAACAUCUUCAGAUCUCAACGUGUAAGGAGGCACUUUGAUUCAUAUUCAUGGGUGACAAUCUCUCAAUCCUAUGAUAUCGAAGAUGUCUUUAGGACAAUGAUCAAGGAUUUCUCCAAAGAACAAGGAUUGCAAGUUCCAUCUGACUUAUCAUCCAUGAGGUACAGAGAGUUGGUGGAGAUGCUUGUGAACUAUCUCCAACCUAAGAGGUAUUUCAUCGUGCUAGAUGAUGUCUGGAAUACUGGUUUUUGGAAGGAGAUUAGUGUAGCCAUUCCAGAUGGCAUUCACGGAAGUCGUGUGAUGAUCACCACCCGUGAAGAGAGAAUAGCUCAUUUCUCUUACGGAACGAUGAACCGAUUCCACCGGAUCGAACCUUUAAAGGAAGAUAAGGCUUGGGAGCUAUUCCGCAAGAGGGCAUUUUCAGGGAGUCCUGAACAACACAUAGCGCCAAAUAUAGAACCUAUAGCGAGGAAUCUCGUUCAGAAAUGCGGAGGCCUACCAUUAGCUCUUGUGGCUUUGGGUAGCAUGAUGUCGACAAGGAGAUUAGAAUCAGAAUGGAGGAGAGUUUACAACAGCUUGAACUGGGAAUUGAGCAAUAAUCCCGACCUCAAGGAUGUUCAAAGGAUCUUAAUUCUUAGUUUCAACGAUUUGCCAUAUCCACUUAAGCAUUGCUUCCUAUAUUGCUGUAUUUUUCCAGAAGACUACAUCAUCAAAAGGAAGAAGUUGAUCAGGUUAUGGAUGGCACAAGGGUUUGUGCAACCAACCAGAGGAGUAAAACCAGAAGAAGUGGCGGAUAGCUAUAUCAUGGAGCUUGUUUAUAGAAACAUGUUCCAAGUGGUGUUUAGAAACCACAACGGGCGCCCAAAGGCAUUCAAGAUGCAUGAUAUGGUCAGAGAGAUUUCUUUGAUGAUAUCUAGAGAUGAGAAGUUUUGCGAUGUGUUUAAUGAUAAGGCGGAAGAUGUCCAAGAUGGCGAAACUCGCCAUUUAUGUAUUCAGAGGGAGAUAAGUUCAAGUAUCGCUCAACGAAAUCUCCAAACCCUUUUGGUGUAUUCAACUACCAAACAGAAGGUUGCAUUGCCUACUGCAUUGAAGCUUUUGAGAGCUUUAGACCUUGAAGACUCUCGCAUUAGAAAACUGCCUGAUUCGUUGGCGACUCUGUUCAACUUAAAGUACCUGAAUUUGACAGGAACUCGUGUGAGAAAACUUCCAAAAUCCUUCCGUAGGCUCCUUAACCUGGAGACGUUGAACACUAAAUUCUCCAAGAUUAAGGAGCUUCCUACGGGUAUUUCAAAGUUGGAAAACUUGCGAUAUCUUGUUACUUUUAGUCAUAGUAACUCUGACUGGAGCAUCGUUUCAGGCACAAAGGUUUCAUCUGAUAUUUGUCAGCUGAAGAGAUUGCAGGUUAUGGACUGCAUCCAUGCUGAAAACGAGCUCAUCAGGAACCUCGGUGACAUGACACAACUCACAAGGAUCGGUCUGGUCAACGUGAGAAAACAUCAUGGACAUGACUUAUGCAAUGCCCUCAAUAAGAUGAAGGAUCUUAGGUUUGUGUCUCUUUGGUCGAUUGAUGAAAACGAGCCUCUACAACUUGAUGCAUUGUCACCUGCUACAACAAUCGAGAAGCUUUUUCUAUCAGGGAAACUAGAGAGGCUACCUAGCUGGUUCAAUACUCUUCACAAUCUUACCGAACUAUGCUUGCGUUGGUCAAGACUAGCACAAGAUGCGAUCCCUUGUAUCCAAGCGCUCCCUUAUUUGGUUUGGCUUUCGUUUUUCAAUGCAUACGAGGGAGAUAAGUUAUGCUUUCCAGAAGGGUUUCAGAGUUUGAAGAUUCUGUUGAUAGGCGACAUGCCACGUUUAAAUGAGAUCGUUAUACAGGAAGGCGCAAUGCCUAGUCUACAAAAGCUGCAUAUCAAAGAUUGUGUAAUGAUAAAGAGUUUACCUAGCGGCAUCGAAAAUCUUACCAAACUUCAAGAACUACGUCUGAGAAAUGUUUCAGAUAAGCUGGUAGAAAGUAUACGCGAAGAGCAAAGCAAAGACUGUUCAAAGGUUAAUCACAUUCCUACCAUCAAACAUUACUUCAUAACAGAAAACGGUGUUUCGUGUGAGAAUCUUUCAUAACCCAUCAUCCAGAAGAAAAGAACGGAUCUCUCCUAAGCUCGGUCAUUUGGUUCCACUGAAGGCAAGAAUCUCCCAGGUAUCUUUACUACUUCUGAAACUGUUUCUUGUUAUCUCCACUUGUUUGUUUCUUUUGCAUAUUGGACAGGAGGAUUUAUGCUCUUGUUUGUAUGAGACGCUGCUUGUUAUGAGAUUAUGAUGUGUUAUUUGUGUAUUUUGAAUGAA